AUGGCUACAGAAGUAAACGAAAGAACGCGACUGCUGUCCCAAUCCGAUGACUCUGCUCCUCCCCUGAAAGACUUGGAAGAGUGGGAAGAGCCUCGCAACUGGACGGUUUCAUACCGCUGGCUAUGCAUUGCCGUGAUCUCAAUCUACGGACUGAUCAGUCCAGUCAUCGCGGCAAUCAUUGUGCCUGCCAUGCCCCAGAUAGCCGCCGACUUGAAUGUUACCGACCCAGGAAUGCUGCAAGCCUUCGUUUCGGUGUAUGUUCUCGGCUGGAGUUUCGCGCCCCUGGUGGUCGGUCCCUUGUCCGAAGUCUACGGACGCAUCUCGUUGUUGAAUACCGGCCAUGGCCUGUUUCUGGUCUUCAACGCCCUGUGCGCGUUCGCCCGGACUGAUUACCAGUUGCUCAUUCUCCGGUUUAUCACAGGAGCCGUUGGUAGCGCUCCACUGUCGAUCGGGGCAGGGAUCAUCGGCGACCUAUGGGCUCCAGAAGAGCGAGGGCUUUCCAUCUCCCUUUAUACCCUGGGGCCCCUGCUGGGUCCUGCCAUCGCACCCAUCACCGGUGCAUACAUCGUGUCCCACACGUCAUGGCGGGCAAUCUUCGCGUGGUGCUCCCUGUACAUUUUCGUCACAUGGGUGUUCGGUCUUUGCAUCCUUCGCGAGACCUUCCGGCCAGUCCUCAUCCAGCGUAAACAGGCUGCUGCGGUCCGCAACGGUCAGCGGCAGGGCUCUGCGCAACAGCACCAUAAGAGCCUAGCAGAUGUUUUCCGACAGGAUCUCCGACGGCCCUUUACUUUCCUCGGAACGCAGCCCAUCAUCCAAGUCCUAUCCCUCUUCAUGGGCUAUCUCUUUGGCCUCAACCACCUAUCCAUCACGACGUUCGAGUCCGUCUGGACAGACAUCUACAACCAAACCCCAUCCCGCGCCGCACUGAACUACAUCUCCAUCGCCGGUGGAUUCAUCCUCGGCAGUCAAAUCACAGGCUCCCUCAACGAUCGGGUACCGUAUCCUGUCCCCCUUUCCAAUCCAUCCAGAUAUCUAACCCUCGCAGAUCUACAUCCACUACACCUCCAAAGACCCCGCAAAGGAACCCCAGAGCUGCGCACAAUCCUGAUGCUUCCCGCCGCCCUGCUCGUCCCCGCCGGCCUACUGAUCUACGGCUGGUCCGCCCAGACCCACAGCCACUGGAUCAUCCCCAACAUCGGCAUCGGCAUCUACGCCCUUGGCCUGAUCAUGAGUUACCAGUGUAUCCAGGCCUAUGUACUGGACUGCUACGCGGUAUAUGCCGCCUCGGCAAUGGGCGCGCUGACGAUCCUGCGCUCGCUGUUGGGCUUUGUCUUGCCUAUUCUGGCUCCCUUGAUCUAUAGGACGCUUGGGUAUGGAUGGGGUAGUUCUCUGCUGGCGCUGUGGGCUUUGGUGAUGGGCGGGCUGGUUCCGGUCCUCCUGUGGCGGUAUGGGGCAGUUCUGCGAAAACGGAGUGGCAUUCUUGAGGAGAUUUAG